UAGAAUAUCGCUGUUAUCAUUGAAUUAGCGAUUCCUUGGGACUGAAAUCGACUAGGACUGGAAAUCGAAUUAAUCGUAUUAGGUAAGGCAAAAAGAAAAAGAAAAAAGAAGAAACAAUCUUAAGGAUCAGCAAAGCCAAAUCCGAAAAGAAAAAGAAAACUAGUGAUAUUAAAUUUAAUGGGAUCCCAUAUACCCAUCAAAACUAUCAAAAAUCCAAUCUCAGUGUCAAUUUCUGUUUCUGAUAGAUUCUCAGAUAAUAAUAGCACAAUAACAAUCAGAUUUCUUCUCUCUUUCUUACAUGCCCACUUGCCCUGUCCCAAAUAACCGACAUAUAUAACGACUCUUCCCAAUAAACGACCCACUAUCUUCUUAUAUUCAUUAAAAACCCCUCCUACUGCUGCUGCAUCACCAGUGAAAUUCUUUAAACAUCUUCAGUUUGCUGUGUUUAUAUAAAUAUCCAGUACCUGAAUUGGCAAUUCCAUAUUGGGUUUUGUUUCAUUUGUCGAUUUGAUCAGGAAAGAUUGUUACUUUGAUCAGGCCUAAUGCGGAAGAGAGAGAGAGAAAACCCAUGUGGGGUUUGUGGGCACUAUCACAAAUACGAGGAAGGCGAAGUUUGCGGAAUUUGCGGACACCGGAUGCCGGAAUCGGCUGAGAAAUCUGCGCUUCAUGUCAGUGCUUUUCCAUCUGAGAUCCUGCCUGAGUUUCUCUAUCUGGGUAGCUAUGACAACGCCUCUCGCUCUGAGCUUCUCAGAACCCAGGGGAUUUCUUGUAUUCUCAAUACAGUACCGGCUUGCCAAAAUCUCUACAAGAAUUCAUUCACCUAUCACUGCCUCCAAGAUGACAAAAGCUUACAAUUUGAUGAUGCCAUUCAGUUUUUAGAGAAAUGUGAAAAGGACAAGGCCCGUGUUCUUGUGCACUGCAUGUCUGGAAAAAAUAGGUCUCCGGCUAUUGUCAUAGCUUACUUGAUGAAGUCCAAAGGAUGGAGGCUUGCACAAAGUUACCAGUGGGUGAAGGAGCGGAGACCAGCUGUUGAUCUAAACCAAGCUGUGUACCAGCAGUUGCAGGAGUAUGAGCAAAAGAUUUUUGGGUCAGCUGAUUGUAACAACCUUGCCCUGCCAGUUCUUCCACCUGCAGGCGUACCAUCCUUUAGCUUUGGCUUUCCAAAGGUUAAUGAUCCAGUUCCUGCUCCGGCUUUUAACAGUAUCAGUGCUACCUCAAUCUUUUCCCGUCCUCUGGGCAUUCCUCCGCACGAGUUCCAGUUUGGAGCUGGCCAACCUCAAAAUAGUGCAAAUGAGAACCCCUUUGUUGCCAAUCCACCAAACCCAAAUGGUGGGGAUAUUUCAAUGGAUUCAUGAACGUAUAGCAUUCACCCAAUGAGAUCAAUGUUCCCCAUAGGUUAAAUGAGUUCACAAGUUUCCAGAAGUUACAAACUGAAAAUGGUACCCCUCCCUUUCUGUCUCCCCACCAACUCUCCCUUUUCUCUCUUUCUUUUUUUCUUUUUCCUUUUGGCUUUGUGAUAUGACGUUUGCAAUACUGUCUUGCCUACUGUUAUACAGGAGUGUUAAUCGAAUGCAAGAGUAGAGAGCUGUUGUCAUGA